AUGAAUCCCUUAACUCCACACUGCCGCGAGCUGGCCUCGCCAGGCAUCUUCCAAACCGUUCUUUCUGUCUUAAUUAUCUUCGGCAUUCUCAUGUCGUAUCUACCCCAACACAUCCGUAUCAUCACCCGUCGAAGCUCCUUCGGCAUUUCCCCAUAUUUCGUCCUCCUAGGCGUCACAUCAGGCACCUCGGCCUUUGCAAAUAUCCUCGUCUUCCCAACAACCGCCCAAGAUGUCGCAUGCUGUCAGGAGAUCAGCGGAAUCGCGUGCUUCGCAGGCCUACUGGCUAUAUUCCAGAUGAGCAUGCAGUGGCUCUGUUUCUUCUCAAUCCUCUUGCUAUUCGUCAUCUACUUCCCAAGAGCCACUUCUCCAACAGACCCCAUAACCCCCGUCUCCACAUCCCCUAGUGGCCCAACAUACCGUACCGCGCUAGUCGUGACAGGCAUCUGUCUGCUCCACGCGCUAGCCACGAUCGUCAUCUCAGUCGCUUUCGAGCUCCGCAGCCCAGCAGCCAUCCCAGCCUGGGCCAACUUCCUCGGUGUCUUGGCUGCUGUCCUUGCGUCCAUCCAGUACCUCCCUCAGAUCUACACUACAUUGCGACUACAGUGCGUCGGCAGCCUGAGCAUCCCCAUGAUGUGCAUCCAGACGCCGGGCAGUCUUAUCUGGGCUGCUAGUCUGGCGGCGCGCACGGGUUGGGCCGGGUGGAGUAUUUGGGGUGUGUUGGUUGUCACGGCUUGCUUGCAGGGGACGUUGCUGACGAUGGCGAUCUACUUCGAGUACUUUGGUCCGAAUCAUAAGCGCGAAGCUGGGCAUCGCGCGGACCAGAGUCAGGACCAGAGUCAAGAUCGGGAUCAGGAUCGAGAUGGAUUUGGCUCUGUUGAGGGGACCCAUGGGCCUGUUGCAGUGGACCGGCCUUCGGAGGAAACACCGUUGCUUCAAAGCCAGUAA